ACUCCACUGCACUCCAUCCUGGGCGACAGAAUGAGACUCCAUCUCAAAAAAGAAAAAAAAAAUGGUAAGACAAACCACAGGAUGGAAAAAAAUAUUUGCAAUACAUAAAUCUGAUGAAGAAUAUGUGUUUUAGCUGAGUGCGGCGGUGACGCGCACCUGUAGUCUCAGCUGCUCGGGAGGCUGAGGUGGGAGCAUCGCCUGAGCCCCGGAGGUCAAGGCUGCAGUGAGCCACGAUGGCGCCACUGCACCCCAGCCUGGGUGACAGAGUGAGGCCCUAUCCGCCACCCCACCCCACCCCACCAAAAAAGGUGUAUCUUACAACUCCACCCGAUUAAACAAAAUGGGCAGAAGGUAUGAGCAGACACUUCAGAAAAGAAGAUAUGUAAGUGGCUAAUAAGCACAUGGAAAGAUGCCAUCGUUAGUCUUCGGGGAAAUGCAAACAACACAGAUGCCCGCACGUGCACGGCACCCUGCGUGCACCCACACUGCCAGUGGGAGGGCAAACAGCACAGCCCCUGUGGAAGAUGGCUGCAGGUUCUCAGAAAGUUAAACGUGCACCUCCCUGUGGGCCAGCCACUCUGCUCCCAAGAGAAAUGAAGACAGAUGUCCAUGUGAGGACAUGUGCCAGGGCCUCUGCCGCAGCUUCAUCCAGUCACCAGGAACUGGGAGCAGCCCAGGCACCCACCGGCAGGCGAUGGGUAAUGGUGGCGAUGUUUGGCCACACGGUGGAAAAAUCCUUUGGCUGUGGAAAGGAAGAAAGUGCAGAUGAAACAACAUGGAAGGAUCUGAAGGUCAGUGUCGGUGUGUGCAACCCCUUUGUAUAAGACCCUAAAAGAUACAGCUGCAGUCCCGUCAACUCCUGGGUGCUGGGAGCCCAGGCUUUUGGGGGCUGCAGCGAGCGCUGGCAGCUGCAUGGGACCAGGCGCCAUCCCGGCUGUGGUGGCAGCUUCAAGGGGGUGGUCAGACUCACCCGCCUGUGUACUGACAUGGAUGUGGUUUAUUGUAUGUAAAGUACACCUCUGUAGAGUUAACUCAAUAGCAGAUGAAAGUGUAGGUUGAAAUCUUGGUCUUCUGGUUGCUGAAUCAAAAUGAUGUUUUGUGACUUAAUGUGGCACUCAGGACGCCCUUUAACCAGAGAGGGAGCAGAAAGGUCUGUGAUGUCUGGAGUUUUCCACCAAGCAGAGGAGGACGGACUCUGCUGGGCAAAUGUUAAAGGGACAAAAGGAAAAACUAAGACUUGAUCACACUCUGUGGGUGGGGCGAGCAGCAUGUCUGUGACUUUAACACGUUCCAUCUAAAGGAUUUCACAUCAGAGAGAGGAGGAGCCGAAUUAGAGGAGAGCAUGCUUUUUUUUUUUGAAAUGGAGUUCACCUUGCACGGGCUGGAGUGCAGUGGUGCAGUCUCGGUUCACUGCAGCCUCCACCUUCUCGGCUCAGGUGAUCAUUCCACCUCAGCCUCCUGAGUAGCUGGGACCUCAGGCUCCCGCUACCAGACCCAACUAAUUUUAAACUUUUUGUAAAGUUUAACGGAGUCUGGCCGUGUUGCCCAGGCUGGUCUCCGACUCCUGAGUUCAAGAAUUCCGACCAUCCCCACCUCCCAGAGUCCUCCAGCAGGCUCACACCUAGGCAGCCUGGUCAGUUUGUGAAGCUAUGACCUGAAUCCAGCAUGGAGUGGGUGACAGAGUGGAACAUCCCUGUGGCAGGGACUGGAUCUGUGUCCUCCAGGGCCUCAGUCUCCCUGCUGCUCACAGCCCUUGUCCAAGGACCCCUGGCCUAGGCCAUCAAGAGGAGCUCCACAGGCCUGGCUCGGCCUCAGCCCCUCUCAGGGUAACUUGCCAGGGAGGCCCCUGAGCCAGUGCAGUGAUACCACUUGAGGGUUUGUGCGCCUGGCAGGUGUCUCCUCCCUUUACCUAGGAAGGCAGGGUCAUGGUGCCAGGUCCUGUGCCUGGCAAGUGCAGGAGAGAGGGGUUUGUGCGGGAAGACCGGUGCCCACUGCGUGCAGCCUGGGCCACUGAGUUCCGUGCUUGCUCCCUGAGCAAAGGCCAGGCCAAGGGCCUGUAUCCCAGGCACUCUCACCCGCAGGAGGCCAGGAGGCCAGCUCGGGGGAAAUGCUCGUGGAGACAGCCCUGCCAAGGCCCCCACAGCCCAGGGACGGCCCCUCCAGGACGCUCUGCUCGACAGCCCAGCCAGGGACCAGCAAGGGUGUGGACAGAGGGACCAAACUGGACCCAGACCCCGCACUGUAGGCCACAGCCCACAUGAGUUGCCCUCGAGUGACCACGGUUUCACCUGCUGCCUUCAUCUGCAGGACUGGGCCGGGGUCUGCAGGGCUCAGCUGAACCCAUGAGCUCCCAGAGCUAACCCCUGACCACCAGGGCGGGCAAAGGGCUGAUGUCGGUAUCUCCCGUCCUGGAGGGGCAGGCCUUGCGCAUCUGCUCCUGGCAUGGCGCUGCGGCACCUCGUCUUCCUGGCUGGCCUUCUGGUGGGAGUUGCAAGCAAGUCCAUGGAGAACAUGGCCCAGCUGCCCGAGUGCUGUGUGGAUGUGGUGGGCGUCAACGCCAGCUGCCCGGGCGCAAGCCUGUGUGGCCCAGGCUGCUACAGGCACUGGAACGCGGACGGGAGCGCCAGCUGUGUCCGCUGUGGGAACGGAACCCUCCCAGCCUACAAUGGCUCCGAGUGUAGAAGCUGUAGGUCUGCCCGGCUGCCCCGGCUCCCUUCUCACAGCUCCAGCUGUGGGAGAAACUGUGGGAGUUGCUGUCUGUGUCCCCACCUUGCCCCAGAGCCACUGUCCACUGGGGACAGUCCCGGGAUUCCCCUCUUCUCGAGUCCUCUGGCCCAUUCGGGACAGCUCUGUGUCGCUGGCCGGGGUGCGCCAUUCCCCAUGAACAGAAGCUCAGGGACCCCCGGGCGGCCACAUCCGGGGGCUCCGCGCGUGGCCGCCUCCCUCUUCCUGGGCACCUUCUUCAUCAGCUCCGGACUCAUCCUCUCCGUAGCUGGAUUCUUCUACCUCAAGCGCUCCAGUAAACUCCCCAGGGUCUUCUACAGAAGAAGCAAAGCCCCGGCCCUGCAGCCUGGCGAAGCCGCUGCAAUGAUCCCCCCGCCACAGUCCUCAGUACGGAAGCCGCGCUACGUCAGGCGGGAGCGGCCCCUGGACAGGGCCAUGGACGCUGCUGCCUUCUCCUCGGUGGGGGCCCGUAUCAGCAAUGUCUGACCUGGAGGCCGAGACCGCGCCAUGAGCUUGGCAGCUGGGACCCAGAGGCUGACCCCUUGGCGGGAGCCCGGCACAAAGGGUUGGCAUCGCCCGGCGCCUGGGACAGGCCUGGGCACAGCCCCGGCUCUGAGUCCCUCUAUCUCCCGGUGACAGACACCGAGGGGUCCUGGGCCACCUGAGGCUCCUUCCCACCACAGCCGUCGGCUUUAUGGGACCAGGAGCAGGCAUCCGUGAGACCUCAGAGCAUCAGAUUGAGGCCGUGCGGGGUCCGGGCCCCCCAGGAAACACGGUGAGGCCCCAGCGCCUGCAGCCGAGAUGCAGGCCUGGCUCAGGCAGCCAAAGCUGGUGUGAUCUACAGGGCAGGUGCCACUCUGCCUAGAAAAGCCAGGGGCUCUGCUGCGAUGCCCUCCGGAGCCCCGUGCCCUCUGGAGCCCACAAUGGACAGGACUCCUCCAGCACCACCGCACCAAGACCCCUGAGAACAGUGAGGCUUGUCCUCGUGCCAUUGCAGCCGAUGCCGGGCCAGUGGGGAGGACGCAGCCUGGG